GAUUGUGUAGAUACUAAAUUUAGGUUUACAAGUGAAAUGAGCGGCUGAGAUAAACAAAGGGAAUGGACUAUUUAAUCAAACAGUUACCCCCUUACCCACCGAUGGUUACGAAAGUGUGAAUAAAGUAUACUUUUUCUGUUCCGGUUUUUAUUUUUCUUUUGAAUUCCGUUUCCAGUUUACCGGUAGCGACUAUCGAGGCAGGCGAGUGUGCGAUUGUGGGGUUUUGCAGUGUUUUGUUUUCUUAAAUUUAGUUUUUCCGCAUUUAGUGCCGCCGGAAACCUUAUACGGUGCUUAUCUACGCAUGUUGGUGGCGAUGUCUUCUAAAAAUGAGCUGAAGAAAUUGUCGGAAGAAAGCUUAACUCGCCAACCAGACGAGGUGUUCGAUAUCCUUUGCAAGCUCGGCGAAGGUAGCUAUGGAUCGGUAUACAUGGCUUUGCAUAAGGAAAGUGAGCAGGUGCUGGCGAUAAAGCAGGUCCCCGUGGACACGGACCUCCAGGAAAUCAUCAAGGAAAUAUCCAUCAUGCAGCAGUGUGAUUCGCCGUACGUCGUCAAAUACUAUGGCAGUUACUUCAAAAACACCGACCUCUGGAUCGUGAUGGAGUACUGCGGGGCUGGUAGUGUAUCGGACAUAAUGCGUUUGCGCAAGAAAACUCUAUCGGAGGACGAAAUCGCCACGAUCCUGAUCGAUACACUGAAGGGAUUGGAAUACCUACAUUUGCGACGAAAAAUUCAUCGUGACAUUAAAGCGGGCAACAUACUGCUUAACUCGGAAGGUCACGCCAAGCUAGCUGACUUCGGUGUCGCCGGUCAGCUGACAGAUACGAUGGCCAAACGGAAUACCGUUAUUGGUACGCCAUUCUGGAUGGCACCAGAAGUUAUCGAGGAGAUCGGAUAUGAUUGUGUUGCGGAUAUUUGGUCCCUUGGCAUAACGGCCCUAGAGAUGGCUGAAGGAAAACCUCCGUACGGCGAUAUUCAUCCUAUGAGGGCAAUAUUUAUGAUCCCGACGAAACCGCCACCAUCAUUUCGUGAUCCGGACAUCUGGUCACCGGAAUUUAUCGAUUUCGUUAGUUUGUGUCUUGUAAAGAACCCGGAGGAGAGGGCCACUGCCACCGAUUUGUUGACUCAUGAAUUCAUCCGAAACGCCAAACCGUGCAGUAUACUUAACCAAAUGAUUGCGGAAGCAAAAGAGAUCCGUGAAAACCAGAGCUACAGGCAUGCAGCAGCCAUCAGCCAAGCCAACAAGCAGCUGCAAAACAACAAUAAUAGCAAUGGCAAUAAUGGUCACGACGGUGGUGGCGAAUCGGAUGAUGACGACCAGCUGAACUCGCGUACGAUGAAGGAAUUUACGGCAGACUGCGGCACACUGGUGCCUGGACGGGGCGACGAGGGGGAUGGCACUAUGAUUGCUCAUACGGACUGCGGUACACUAGUGCCGGACAAUGGCACCAUGGUUGAGCUCCAGUCGAACCUAGGAACGAUGGUGAUUAACUCCGACUCGGAGGAAUCGACCAUGAAAAGACACGAUACGAAUCCUGACAAACCAAAGUACCGUCCCUUGUUUCUCGAUCACUUUGACAAGAAAGAAGCAGAAGCGGCCAGCUUCGGCAACAGCAAGGUGGCCGAAGUCAAUAACCACCAUCAUCAACAGCUGCAAAUGGGUUGCUUCGACGACGAUGGUUCGCCUGGUGAUCUGAACGUUAAUCAAUCACCGGAUAGUACUCCCAUAACACUAUCAGCCUCUCCUCAGAAUUUGCAGAAGGAACAAAUACGCCUUGUUGAACCUAUAGUGGCCACAUCACAGCAACCUCAGCCACAGGUGCAAAAAUCUGGCAACAGUCCCGUUUCAGCGAGCCCGAGCAAGGUCACUCCUUCCGCUCCGCCACUGUCGCAGGGCUACGACGAACAUCAGCUGCAACAGCACCAACAACAACAAAAGGCACAACAACAAUUUAAUGAAGAACGACAACGAUAUCAAUCGCACCUGCAGUUGCAACUGAACCAAAUCUCGGGCGUGAGCCCAAACGUGCACCAGAUGCAAUUCCUUCAGCCCACGGCAGCAGAAUACGAUGCGCUUAAGUUUCUCAACUACGAACAGUUGGAGCAACGCUUGGCCAGCCUUGACAAGGAGAUGGAAAAGGAGCUGGCGGAAACGAAGAAACGUUACACUGCCAAGCGGCAACCAAUACUGGAUGCAAUCGAAGCCAAGCAACAGAAGCGCCAACAGAAACUGGAAGAGUUUUAACGCAACCCGCCAUCGGCAGCAAGGCACAGGGGUAGUGUGUAGUGUUUUGUUCCGUCUUGUUUUGUAACCGCCAAGCUGUGUUUGGCAUCUUCAAUCUGUCGUCUUUUUGUUGUUUCCUUCUACAAUGUUUGGAUGAAAACAGACAAAUGUGCAGAUUAGCCAUUUAUUUUAUUUCACG